AUGCCACCAAACGAAGACGCUCUGACCGUAUCCGCUGCCGCACGCGCUUUCAAGCGAACACUAUUUUCGACAAGCUGGACUUCACAACACUACCGCGAUCCCUUCCACAUGACAUACAUCAUGUCGGGACCUGCGGAAGAGGCCGCAUCGAAGACAGCGCUCGCAAAGGUGUUUGGCGGAGCAUUGAGCAAUGCUCUCUUCUCGGAGCUCACGGUCGUCUGCGGCGACAGACAAUGGCUGUGCCACAGGAUCGUACUUUGUCGGGUGUCAGAUUGA